GUUUCCCCCCUGAUACCUCCACACUCGGUCUAUUUAAAGAUGUUUCAGUCUUCAGUCUGAUACCUUCCUUUACCGGGGUCAUGAGCAACACCUAAGACUCUUUCGGACAAGGUGGCUGAUAAAUACAUCCACUAUCAGAUCUGUUCCCUCCACGGUGGUGACAUCCUGCGAUUUUAAUUGCUUGCAUAUCUCCACACAGCACUCACAGCGCCAUGUCCUCUCGAUCUAUAACCAUAGUGUCCUCUGGACGGAGCACGGAGCUCGGCUUCAGUGGGGUGAGAAUUCACUCGGCUCAGCUCCCCUCACAUCCCAAACUCCCACUGGAGGAGGAGGACAGGGAAUCUGGCAUCGGCUCCACCCUUGACCUCACUGGCAGCUUCGAGGGCUGUAACCAACAUACCAAUCACCACUCCGACAAACCAUCACUGAUGGAGGCAGGCACAUUCCCCGGGGAGAAAGACAGAUCUCCUCAGACCUCAGCAGUGAGUCCAAACAAGAUCAAGAAGGUCCUCAUCAAUCUGUCCAAGAUCCCUCUCCUCUUCCUCCUCCUCUUCCUCUUUGUUUGCUCCUUGGACACUCUGAGCUCUGCCUUCCAGUUAGCAGGGGGUAAAGUGGCAGGGGACAUUUUCCAGGACAAUGCAGUGCUGUCUAACCCCGUGGCAGGGCUCGUGGUGGGGAUCUUGGUUACUGUGCUGGUUCAGAGCUCAUCAACCUCCACCUCCAUUGUAGUCAGUCUGGUGGCCUCCGGACUGUUAGAAGUGAGGUCGGCUGUUCCAGUCAUCAUGGGGACCAAUAUUGGGACUUCGGUUACAAACACCAUAGUGGCCAUGAUGCAAGCGGCAGAACGAACCGAGUUUCAACGUGCUUUUGCCGGAGCAACAAUCCAUGACUGCUUCAACUGGCUGUCAGUCCUGGUUCUGUUGCCCCUGGAGGUGGCGAGCGGGUUCAUGACUCGGCUGUCUCACCUGCUGGUCACCACCCUGAGGCUCGAGCCAGGGGAAGAAGCACCCGAGCUACUCAAGGUCAUCACGGAGCCAGUCACCAAGCUUAUCAUACAGCUGGACAAGUGUGUGAUCACGGGGAUUGCCAUGGGGAAGGAGGGCAUGAGGAACAGGAGCUUGGUGAAAGAAUGGUGCCAGACUGACCCUGUUAUGUCUCAUCACAACGUGAGCACUGAAAGCUGUGACCCCAGCCAUGACUUGCAAACACACGUGAAGUGUAGACAUUUGUUUGCAUCUGCUGAGAUGUCAGACCUCACAGUGGGCCUCAUCCUACUAGUCACCUCACUGGCUGUCCUGUGCACAUGUUUGCUGCUUCUAGUCAAACUGCUCAACUCUCUUCUGAAAGGCCAGGUAGCAAAGACCAUCCAUAAAGUCAUCAACACAGAUCUUCCCUAUCCAUUUGGGUGGCUGGCAGGAUACAUCGCCAUGUUUGUGGGUGCAGGUGUGACAUUUGUGGUGCAAAGUAGCUCUGUCUUUACUUCAGCCAUGACUCCUCUUAUAGGUAUUGGUGUAAUCAGUUUGGAGCGGGCCUAUCCUCUCACUCUUGGGUCCAACAUUGGCACAACUGCUACAGCCCUGCUGGCAGCUUUGGCCAGUCCUGGGAACAAACUUGCAGCUGCCAUACAGAUUGCUCUGUGCCACCUUUUCUUCAAUGUUUCUGGCAUUCUGUUGUGGUAUCCUCUCCCAUUCAUGCGUCUACCGAUAAGGAUGGCUCGUGUUCUCGGUGAGCGCACUGCCAAGUACCGCUGGUUUGCAAUCUUGUACCUACUCCUCUGCUUCCUGUUGCUUCCAUCACUGGUGCUGGGCCUCUCACUGGCUGGUUGGCAGGUGAUGGCUGGAGUUGGGGCUCCUUUCUUGGGUGUAACCAUCUUCAUUACUAUGGUGAAUGUAAUGCAGUCCCGGAGCCCCCAUCACCUGCCAACCAAGCUCCAGAACUGGGACUUCCUGCCCAAAUGGAUGCACUCUCUCAAACCACUGGACCACCUAAUUGCCAAAACAGUUCUCUGCUGCAGCUUCUCUUGUGAAGAUGGACAAGAGGAAGAAGAAGAGACACCAAUAUCUCCAAGUACAACCUCUUGCAACAAACACACAGAGUUUGCUCAGCUUGCUUACAACAACCCAGUCAUGGAUUACCUGGAUGAGAGAAGACCAGAUGUACCAGUUCUUAAAUUAAAAGGUUUAGAGAGGUGCAACAGUACUCCUCUGUAAUUCAUCCAAUAAUGAGGGCUUUUUCUUCCAUUUUGUCAAAAAGAAUAGGUUUUAGAAAAGUAAUUUUUAAUUUUUUGGAAAUAAACUGAUUUGUGAUUACUGACUGACUGACUUCAUUUGAAGUGGAAAACCAUGGGAAAUAUUACAAGCUCAGGAUGAGAUGUGAGUUCAGAAAACACCAACUAAGAAUCAAUGAGGAGAACAAAUUUUUUUGGCCAAUUUUCAACCAACGAUUCCCUCAUAAUGAAUGUCUAUACUGACCUUUUAAAUACAAAUCUAUACAAAAUGUAUGACUAGACUAACUGACAUUAAUAAAUGGAUGAUUGAUCCUUAAAAAAGG